UCAUCAUUGUAAUUCUGAAGUUUGUCUAGUAUAGUCGAAAGAAAUGAGUGCAUUAAACUAUUAUUCUGAUUUAAUUAAAAUGAUGGAGGAGGCUUAUACUCUUCUACCAUCUUUGAAUCAUGAAUCUAGUGAAAUCAUUGAUAAGUGGGUGCGAAUUAGUAGUGACAAUAUUACUACAUUAAACAGACAUUUGCAAUCGAGUGGUUUAUCGGUUGGUGAAAAACAACGAAUUCAAUCGAUAAUUGCAGCACUCGCAACAUUACAUGAAAAGUUUAUAAAUCAUUCAAUCGUUGGAGGAAGCCUUCAAUCAACAGAACAAUUGAUUCGAUGGAAAGAUUUAGAAAAUAUUUUCCAAAAUCGAAUUCGCACUGGUGUUGUCAUUAACUUGCAACAUUUAAAUUUACGAGACUUCUUAUUGGACGCUGAAAAGCUGAUUACCGAAAAGUUGACAGAUAUAGUAACAAGUGAGGGAAAUUUAAAAGUGAACUUUGUCCUUGCUUGUAAAUUCAGUAAUCAAACAAAUGAUGGAACAGUUGUAGAAAUUAAGUACUUUAAUGUUAAAAAUGAAGCAAUUUUGCCGUCAACAGACAUAAAAAAACAUUUUCUGGAAAAUGUUGUUGACAAACUACUAACAAAAGUCGAGGAUUUUCAAGAACGAGAUUCUGGUUGGUCACUUGUAGAAAUUGAAUAUCUGCAAGUCAAUAUUAAUCGUUAUCAACCUCUAUUAGCUGGACAAUCUACAUUUAUACCUCUACCAAAAUUUAUACAACAAAAAAAAGCAGUACUAAAUAUUAAAAACAACGAUCAAUGUUGUUUCUUUUGGGCUGUUACUGCAGCUCUUUAUCCUGUUUUUGUAAAUUCAACAAGAACAAGUUCAUAUCCUGAUUACAAAAGUGUGUUAAAAUGUGAGGGUAUCAACUGUCCCACAACCUUACAUGAUGUUCCAAAAUUUGAAAAACUCAACGAUUUACCAAUAAAUGUGUAUGGUUUAGAUGACUGUACGCCAUUUGGAUGUACAAUAAGUGCUGAAAGAGUAUUUGUCUUUCCACAAUUUGAUGGACCACAAAUAACACCACGGACACUAUUUGGAACUAAAUUGAAGGAGAGAUUAGCACGUGGAGAUCCAGGAAUCAAUCCAUUGGACGCUGCUUGUAAAGAACACGAUAUUGCAUAUUCGCAAAAUCGAGAUAAUAUUGAAGCUAGAAACGCAGCUGAUAGAAUACUUGCUGAAAAAUCUAUGAAACGUGUUUUUGCGAGAGACGCAGAUAUUGCUGAACGAAUUGCUGCUUUAGGAAUUUCCAACGUCAUGAAACUUAUGUUAAAUUCCAGUUCAGAUCCUAUUAAAUCUGCAUUAGCUGCUGCACGAAAGACUGUUCGCGAUGCUGGUGGAAAGAAAAAAAUCAAAGUUCCACGUAUUAUACCAAUGCCGCCAAAAGUGGGAGGUAUUUUACCUCUUAUACCUCUAUUUGCAGGUUUAAGUGCAGUUGGUGCUGUAGCAGGUGGCGCUGCUGGCAUUGCGAAAUUGGGAACAAGUACUUUUAUUCUCAAAGGAGGCAUAGACUUAAAAACCGUACCCCAUGCCAGCAUUAGAGAAAAUAAAAGACACCCAGUGUCCACAGUGAAAUCUCGUGAAGCUAUUAAAUCUAAUACUUAUUCAAAUAGACCAUUACAAAAAUCAUCAAAAUCUAAUUAUACUUAUACAAAUCGUUGUAAAUCACAAUUUUUGCUAAAAGAUGAAAACAUAGAACUAGAAAAUACUCUCAUAAAAAACAAUGGAAAAUUAGAAACAAACACAACUUAA